AUGGAUCACACUCAUCCACAUGGAAAGCCAAUUAGCAUCUUAACAUUCUCAGAUAAUAAGGAAGUCAUCGUCGACAACCGAGAACUUGAAAAGAUCUUUAAUCAUCCAGAAAUUCAAGAUCGCAAAGUUGUAAUUUUGUCAUUAAUUGGAGCAUUUCGAGGUGGCAAGAGUUUCUUCUUGGACUAUUGCUUGCGGUUCCUCUACGCUCAUUUCCCGUCCAUCAACAACCCAAGCAAACCGACUCAAUUCUUUUUCAGAAAAGAUAACAACUGGAUGGGCAAACCUGAUGAACCCCUUAAAGGAUUCUCAUGGCGUUCAGGUGCUAAAAGGGAAACUAUCGGCAUCAAUAUUUGGAGUGAUGUCUUCCUCCACACAAUAGAUAGAACUGGAGAGGAAGUUGCAAUCUUCAUUAUGGAUACGCAAGGAUUGUUCGACAACGACUCAACUCCAACUGAUAAUUCAAGAAUUUUUGCUCUUGGAACUCUAAUUUCAUCAAUUCAAGUCCUCAAUCUUAAGCAGCAAAUUCAGGAAGAUCAGCUUCAAUAUUUACAAUUUGCCACUGAAUUUGCGCAGUUCAAUGCAAAGAAAAAUGGAAGAAUGGAUGGAAAGCCAUUUCAAAAUUUAACAUUUCUUAUUCGUGACUGGCAAAACUUUGAUGACUAUGAGUUCGGUCCUAAUGGUGGUAAGAAAUAUUUUGAAGAGGAAGUCCUCAAAAUCAAGUCAUCACAUGCACCUGAAUUACGUUCAGUUCGAGAAUUUGUAAAAAAUUCCUUUGAAGAAAUUGGUUGUUGUUUGUUGCCAUAUCCAGGAAUGGAUGUUGCAGGCUCCAAAAAUUACGAUGGUAAAUGGUCCAAAAUGGAUCAAACAUUCAAGAAUGAGCUGAAACAUGUCAUCGAACAUCUUUUAAUGCCUGAAAAAUUGACAUUAAAAAAGAUUAAUUCACAAAAAUUGGCAGUAAAGGAAGUAAAAGUGUACAUCCAGCGAUACUUAAAGCUGUUCCAGUCUGGCGAAAUUCCAAAAACGCCAACUUUAUAUCAAUUCAUCCUUGAGAGCAACAUGAGCAACUUGAUCAAGAAGUGUAUCGAGCAGUAUAAGGCAGGGAUUUAUAAUUUCGAUUUAAAGCAUGAGGAAGAUAUCCCAAAAGCUCAUAAAAGAGGGAAGUACUUAGCAACGCAAAUGUACGACGAUGAAGACAAGAUGGGUGACAGGCAACAGAAGGAGUCCUUUAAAUACCAACUUAAUCAAAAGCUUGAAGAAAUUUACGAAGAAUUCAAAAAUGUCCAAGAGCGAAGGUUCAGAGAAUUAAAUAAGGUAGCAGAAAGACACAGAAUCCAACUAGAAGAAGAAAGAAGAAGAAUGGAACAAGCAGAACGUGAGCAAAGACAAAAGGAAGCUGAAUUUAGAGAGGUUCAAGCUAGAAUGGAACAAGAACGUCGAGAAGCUGAGGAAGAAAGACAGCAAAAAGAGAAGGAAUGGAGGAACUAUCAGAUGCAACUAGAAAAGAAUCAAAAUGCUUUACAAGAACGAUUGGAACAAGAAGAAAGAAAAAGGAAAGAAUCAGAAAAUUCAUUUGGAAGUUUUCUAGGUAAAGUUGUAAAAGGCACGGGUCUUGUUUUAGCGGCUCCAUUUGUCGCAGUUGGUGGAACUGUUGCCACAGGUACAGCAGCAUUAGCAGGCGCAGUGCAUAGUGGAUCAGAUGGUGCUUCCAGUGCAGCAAAUGAAUGUGCAGAUGCCAUUUUUGGCGGAUAUGAAAGAGCUUUUAAAAAAUUGUAA